GGUGUGGGAAGAGGACUGUUAUUAGCUACGUUGCUCGCAGGUUGGGUCUGCAUGUAGUUGAAUACAGCUGUCAUAACCUAAUGGCAUCAUCAGAGAGAAAGACAUCGGUUGCACUAGCUCAAGCUUUCAGUACAGCUCAACGUUACUCACCUACAAUACUUCUUCUCCGCCAUUUUGAUGUGUUCCGGAAUUUGGGCUCUCAAGAAGGUUCACCAAGUGAUCAUAUGGGCAUCACUUCUGAAAUUGCAUCAGUUAUCAGAGAAUUUACUGAGCCAGUUUCUGAAGAUGGAGACAUCAAUUCUGCUGGAGAACUAAAUGGUGAAUUUCAGGGGAGCAAUGGUGUAGAUGUACAGAGACAUCAAGUGCUGUUUAUUGCAGCUGCUGAUGCAUCUGAAGGGCUACCACCAACUAUUAGGCGUUGCUUUAGCCACGAAAUAAGCAUGGGUUCUUUGACCGAAGAUCAAAGGGUUAAACUGCUGUCACAAUCACUGCAAAAUGUCUCUCAACUCCUUCCUAAUAUUGAUAUGGAAGAUUUUAUAAAGGAUGUAGUUGGACAGACAUCUGGUUUCAUGCCCAGGGAUAUGCAUGCUUUGAUAGCUGAUGCUGGUGCUAGCUUAUUUUCCAGUGGCAAUAUUUCUAUCGAUCCAGAUGAGCCCAAGAAAUUAAAUCAGUCUGUACAACUUCAAGAAGAACCUGACAGUAAGUCUAUUGAAGUUGUGCCUCAGAUGCUGGGGAAAGAAAACUUGACAAAAGCACUGGAGAGGUCAAAGAAAAGGAAUGCAUCAGCAUUGGGUACUCCAAAGGUUCCCAACGUCAAAUGGGAAGAUGUCGGUGGGCUUGAGGAUGUCAAGAAAUCAAUUCUGGAUACUGUUCAGUUGCCUCUUCUGCAUAAGGAUUUAUUUUCCUCCGGCCUGCGCAAGCGUUCUGGUGUUCUUUUGUAUGGACCACCUGGAACAGGGAAAACUUUAUUAGCAAAAGCUGUUGCAACGGAGUGCUCCCUCAACUUUCUCAGUGUAAAAGGACCUGAACUAAUCAACAUGUACAUAGGAGAAUCAGAGAAAAAUGUUCGAGACAUUUUUCAGAAGGCUAGAACAGCACGCCCCUGUGUUAUCUUUUUUGAUGAACUUGAUUCUCUUGCUCCAGCGAGGGGUGCCUCAGGGGAUUCUGGGGGCGUCAUGGACAGAGUGGUUUCCCAGAUGCUUGCGGAAAUUGAUGGCCUAAAUGAUUCAUCACAGGAUCUCUUCAUAAUAGGGGCAAGCAACAGACCAGAUCUAAUUGACCCAGCACUUCUACGGCCCGGCCGAUUUGAUAAGCUUCUAUAUGUUGGAGUAAAUUCGGAUGCUUCUUAUAGAGAGAGGGUUCUCAAAGCACUCACCCGGAAGUUUAAAUUACAUGAAGACGUGUCUCUGUACUCAAUAGCAAAGAAAUGCCCCCCAAACUUCACUGGUGCAGAUAUGUAUGCUUUAUGUGCAGAUGCUUGGUUUAAUGCAGCAAAGCGCAAGGUUUCAAGUUCAGAUGUGGAUUCUUCCUCUGCAGACAAUCAAGUUGAUUCUGUCAUUGUCGAAUAUGACGACUUUGUCCAGGUCUUGAGAGACCUUUCUCCUUCUCUGUCCAUGGCCGAACUUAAGAAGUACGAGUUGCUUCGAGACCAAUUUGAAGGAGCUUCAAAUGUCUAGCCCCCUUAAGAUUGUCUUAGACGGGCAUAAAUCCAAGAAUAUUCUACUAUUCUAG